GUUUCCACUUUGUUUCUCACUAAUGCUUUCGUCACUACUCAUGCGUUAGAUGUCAUCAUUCACGUCGUUCAACCGACAACAGAUGAAGCAGUUCUCGGAACGAUCCAACGUUUGACAUCGGCGAUCAAUGCUGAUAACCGUUACGUCAGUGCAGAAUUUGUACAAGAUGACUGUGAAGGAGAGUACAAAGAAAAUUGUCAAAAACUCGAGAAAGAUACUGUAUUUGUUGCUUUCAGAAGGUAA